AUGUUCCAGACUCGCGCGGCAGAUCUGGCUGUCAACACUACUGCGCUGGCCAAGUCUGGGACCGUUGCGACCGCAUUCGAGUACACCAACGAACAGGCCACCACGCCCACAGCCCUGUCCCGCCAUCUCGGUCGGGCAAAUAGUACCUCGCGCAAACAUUACAACCCCCUCAAACACUCUCCGUCGAAAAUGGCCACCUCCGGCUAUGCGGUCAGCCCUGAACCGCCGGCGUUGUUCGUGCGGGCCAUGUACGAUUAUGACGCCGAUGAUCACACCAGUCUGAGCUUCCGCCGAGGCGAUAUCAUCCAGGUCCUCAACCAGCUCGAAACAGGAUGGUGGGAUGGAGUUAUCGAAAACACUCGCGGUUGGUUCCCGAGUAAUUACUGUACCAUAAUCACUGAAGCCGAGGAUUUUGGCGACCACUUCGUGCACAGCCACCAAGAUACCGAUCUCAGCGCGGACUCGGGACUCGAGGAUGAAUACGGCGACGGACAAGAAGAGGAUGAAGUUGACUCAGAAGGAAAUCACCGGGACUCGCAACCGAUUCUCCCCAUCGAGGGUAUCCCAGCACCCAAGGAGCAGGAAGAGGCCGCAUUUUGGAUCCCUCAGGCGACACCCGACGGUCGUCUUUUCUACUUCAAUACUCUUACUGGAUAUUCUACGAUGGAGCUUCCUUUCGAGAACCCUACGGGAAGCACGGAAACCGGCCCUCGAGACCGAAACAACUUCUUUGUCCCUGAUCAGACACGGCCACCUCCUGAAUUAAUGGCGCGCGGCUUUGAGCGGGAUGAGGACGAGUAUGACGGCUCUGCAUCGGAGGCGGAGGGAGAGUCGUUGAUGUUGGCAUCGCACGACUCGAUCUCCCGUCGACGUCAGUCCUUGAUGGAUGGUGUGUCCCCCGCGACAUCCAUGGAUUCCUUGUACCCGCCCGGGAAAGAUCUGAAAGCUUCGCAGCCGAUGAAGCACGCCCUACAAACGACAUACAGCCUCGGAGGUAACAGUACUAGUACUUCUGUUACCGAAAGCUUCUCUAGACCUUCUAUCUCUUCCAACCUCCCUCAACACUUUGUCGAUGAUGGCUUCGCACCGCCAAUCACCUGGUCCCUGCUUGUGGAUAAUAUGCGAUAUGCAGUUGAAGCGUAUCGUCAGACCCUUCUCAGCGGUGAACGUGCGGAGUAUGUACGAAAGGCCGAGGACAUUUCCGACCAUCUUCGCAUGCUGCUGGCUGCUGGGUCCGACACAACGGACAACCAUUCUGGCAAUCCAUCCAUUAUUUCCACAAACAAGGCUCUGUACCCCUACUUCCGGGACAUGAUGUCCAAGUUCUCCAAGUUGGUUUUGUCAUCACAUAUUGCCGCUGCUGACUGGCCUGGCGCCGACUCGGUCAAUAAGUGUCUGCAGGAAGCUGAGGGAGUCAUGCAGGGCGUAUAUGGCUAUGUGGAUGUGGCUCAACAGCAGCGUGGAGAUUCUAUUCACCGCAUUGUUCCUGGUUUCGUCAGCGGCAGUUCUUCCGGUGGUAGCUGGCAGAACAACGGUGUUUCCCUGAGUGCUUCGGGGCCGACAUCAUUCCUUGUGCCUGAUGGAGGAGAUUGUCGGGCAGAGCCCUCAGUCCCUCUUGACAUGGCUUUCCUGGAUUCGAUCGACAUUCUUCGGAGAUCCUUCGUCGGCAGUAUUCGUCGACUGGAAGAACUAUUGGUGAUCAACCGGAAAAUUGUUACAGUGGAUGAGCAUGCUAAUAUUGCGGAUGCAAUUUCGGCUGCGGCCAUCAAGGUCAUUGAACAAUUCCGUCCAUGGAUCUCCUCCGUUGAGUCGAUGAACUUGGCACCCCUAGGGACCAGCUUCCAAAAUCCCCAGCUAGUAGAUUUCAGCUUGCAAAAGCAAAGAGUCUACGAUGCCAUCGGCGAUUUCGUUCUCAGCUGUCAAGCGAUCUCUGCUCCUCUGGCCGAUGAGUGGGCUGAGCUCCGUGGCGAUUCACUCGACGAUCGGGUAAACGCCGUACGAGGCAUUGCUAGACAGUUGGAGAACUACGUCUCCCAGAUCAGUUUCUCGCUGUCGCUCCUCCUGGAACAAAUUCCCUCUGAGCCAGAGCCCAUUUCACGAAGUGAAAGCCGCCAAGGCGGAGAAGAUGAAGGAUACAAGAACACACACAACCGCGGCGAGUCUCAGGCCAAGAUUGCCUCGGAAUCAAUUGGUAUCCCGUCCUCCUACGCACCAGAAAAUGAUGGCGACCACAAGGUCCGCAGAAAUAUGGACAAGGCCCAGCGAUUCUUUGGCCAGGCACCGCCUACAGCUAUCACCCGAGAGCCACCAAUUCGGGAGCCAGUCCGUGAGCCGGAGGAGACCCCCUGGUUCCUUAAGAUGGCCCACGAAGGCGAAGUAUUCUAUGAUACCAAGGGAGACUCGCCAAUCCUCAAAUGCGGAACCUUGGCUGGACUGGUUGAACACCUCACCCGUCACGACAAACUUGAUGCGUCCUUCAACAACACCUUCCUCCUUACCUAUCGCUCCUUCACCACUGCUCCCGAAUUAUUUGAGAUGCUUGUCCAGCGUUUCAACGUUCAGCCUCCAUUCGGUUUGAAUCAAGAUGACAUGCAAAUGUGGAUCGAUCGGAAACAGAAGCCAAUUCGAUUCCGUGUUGUCAAUAUCCUCAAGAGUUGGUUCGAUCACUUUUGGAUGGAACCUAAUGACGAGGUGAACAUGGAUCUCCUGCGGCGAGUCCAUACAUUUACCAGUGACUCUAUUGCCACCACCAAAACACCAGGAACUCCUACAUUACUGGCUGUGAUUGAGCAGCGACUCCGCGGACAAGACACCACUGUUAAGCGCCUUGUUCCUACCCAGAGCAAUGCUGCACCACCCCCGAUCAUUCCCAAGAACAUGAAGAAGCUGAAGUUCCUUGACAUUGAUCCUACGGAGUUUGCUCGGCAGCUGACCAUUAUUGAGUCGCGCCUCUACUCUAAGAUUCGUCCCACUGAGUGUUUGAAUAAGACAUGGCAGAAGAAGGUUGGCCCUGAUGAGCCAGAACCUUCUCCUAAUGUCAAGGCUUUGAUUCUUCACUCGAACCAGCUUACUAACUGGGUCGCUGAGAUGAUUCUGACGCAAGGCGAUGUUAAGAAGCGUGUUGUAGUCAUCAAACACUUUGUGAAUGUGGCUGAUAAAUGUCGCGCUCUGAACAACUACUCCACACUGACAUCCAUCAUCUCAGCCCUUGGAACCGCACCCAUUCAUCGUCUGGGUCGGACAUGGGGCCAGGUCAGCGGACGCACAUCUGCUAUUCUGGAACAGAUGCGCCGGCUUAUGGCUAGUACGAAGAACUUUGGCGAGUACCGAGAGACCCUGCAUCUCGCUAACCCGCCCUGUAUCCCAUUCUUUGGUGUUUAUCUUACGGAUUUGACCUUCAUUGAGGAUGGUAUUCCUUCGCUUACACCAUCGGAAUUGAUCAACUUCAAUAAGCGGGCCAAGACCGCAGAAGUCAUUCGGGAUAUUCAACAAUACCAGAACGUCCCUUACCUUCUCCAACCAGUUGGCGAACUCCAGGACUACAUUCUCAGUAACCUCCAAGGUGCUGGCGACGUACACGACAUGUAUGAACGGAGUUUGGAAAUCGAGCCUAGAGAGCGCGAGGACGAAAAGAUUGCAAGAAGUUGA